GCGAUGGAGGGCGGGCGGCAGGUUGCGAACUUCGGCGCCGGGCCGGCGAAGCUGCCGCGCUCCGUAUUGUUAGAAGCGCAAAAAGAAUUGGUGGACUACAAAGGACUUGGUAUAAGUGUUCUUGAAAUGAGUCAUCGGUCCUCAGAUUUCACAAAAAUUUUAAAUACAACUGAAAAUCUCAUGCGUGAAUUGCUAAAUAUACCAGACAACUACAAAGUUAUUUUCCUUCAAGGAGGUGGAUCUGCUCAGUUCAGUGCAGUCCCACUUAACCUUAUUGGUUUAAAGGAGGGAAGACAAGCAGAUUAUGUGGUUACUGGAGGCUGGUCUGCGAAAGCAGCUAAAGAAGCAGAGAAGUAUGCCAAAGUAAAUAUUGUUCAUCCCAAACUAGGAGCCUAUACCAGCAUUCCUGACCCAAGCACUUGGAAUCUUAAUCCAGAUGCAUCUUAUGUGUAUUAUUGUGCUAAUGAAACUGUUCAUGGUGUGGAGUUUGACUUUGUACCUGAUGUCAAAGGAGCAGUCUUGGUUUGUGAUAUGUCAUCAAACUUCCUGUCCAAACCUGUGGAUGUUUCCAAGUUUGGUGUGAUUUUUGCUGGUGCUCAGAAGAAUGUUGGCUGUGCUGGUGUUACUGUUGUAAUAGUACGUGAGGACUUGCUGGGAUUUGCACUGAAGGAAUGCCCUGUUGUACUGGAUUACAAAACACAGGCAGCAAAUAACUCAUUGUACAACACUCCACCGUGCUACAGCAUUUAUAUCAUGGGAUUGGUACUGGAAUGGAUAAAGAAUAAUGGUGGAGCUGCAGCUAUGGAUAAACUUAGUUUAAUGAAGUCACGCAUGAUUUAUGAUAUUAUAGACAAAUCUAAUGGAUUUUAUGCAUGUCCAGUGGAGAGAAAGAACCGAAGCAGAAUGAAUGUACCCUUCCGCAUUGGCAGUGUCAAGGGCGAUGAAGCCCUGGAGAAGAAAUUCCUCGAGAAAGCUGUGGAGCUUAACAUGAUAUCUCUGAAAGGACAUCGGUCUGUGGGAGGAAUCCGUGCCUCUUUAUAUAAUGCGGUGACUGUAGAAGAUGUUCAGAAGCUUGCAGCAUUCAUGAGAAGCUUCAUGCAGAUGCAUCAGUCAUAA